AUGGCAGAAUCACCAUGUCUCGACGGCACUUUCAAUUGCACUUAUCAGAAUGGUCCAACCCUCGUUCCUCAUGUUGUGCCAGUCUUCGCUGUCGCUGUCCUUGCCGUCGCCUUGCGGAUGUAUAGCCGGAGUUUGAUCCGCCAAAACAGGAAUGCAUCGGAUGUAACGGUGGUUAUUGGGCUGUUGUUUUCCGCGGCGCUGACAGGGAUGAUUCUAUACAGUCCGCGUAUAGGCGUCGGUCGGCACGUCAAUGAUGUCCCCAUUCCGUCCAUCGAGCGGUUGUUGAUCAGUCUUUUUGUGGGCUGCAUACUUUACGCCUUCGCCAUUUCUAUCAUCAAGAUCUCCAUCCUGCUUCUCUACCGCUCACUUUUCCCGACUCCCGGCAUCAAUCUCGCUACAAAUAUUAUCGGUGGGCUGAGCAUUGCAUGGGGAAUCGAAACGGCACUCGUCGGCACCUUUUCCUGCUCUCCGGUGCGGGCGUUUUGGGAUCUGAGCAUAAAUAAGGAGGACAAGAAGUGUAUUGAUACGACAACAUUCUUCAUCGCCAAUAGCGCCUUCCAUGUUGUGCUUGAUAUUGCGAUCUUGGCGAUACCUAUCAGGAAGGUGUGGCCACUCAAGAUGACAGUGCAGAAGAAGAUUGUGGUCAGCUUCAUGUUCUUGCUUGGAGGAUUCAUCUGCAUCAUCGGAAUUAUUAGACUAUUCUUUCUGGCAACACUGAAAAUGGACGAUGUAACAUGGAGCUUGAUCGAUACCUACGUCUGGAGCUCCGUUGAGACUAGCGUCGGAGUAAUCUGCGCCUGCCUACCCACUCUGCGACCUGUCUUCACCAAGCUCUUCCCCAAAGGUGGUCUGGAGACUCGUAUCGGCACCGUUCUGAAUACACAGCGCUCCCAUCGCGCCCAAGAACGCAACAGUUUUGUGCGCUUGCGAGAGGAGAGCAAAGGUAUCACGGUUACGAGGGAGAUUGAGUUGGAGUCAGGAAUCAGUGACGGGAAGGGAAAACUCAGCGAGGAGGAAGUGAGAGACGAUAUGUGGAGGUACAAAGGUUGA